UUAAAGAAUGACAUACAAAAGCCAUCCCCAGAGAUUUGGCAUAAUCUCUCCUGUGGUAACUGGUAACUGUCCUUCUCAUGUCUGCUAAAUGGGCUUGUGGUAUCAACCUCUGCUAUUAUUAAUCCUUCUACUAUUGUCAACAUAAUUCUCUGUCAUAGAAGUAUAGAAAACAUAAUAAUUUGGUCAGGGGUGAUUGUAGUAUUAGCCUGGAAGGGACACCAUACACCUACUAUAUAUUCUUUGAUAUCUAAAUUCCAACACCCACAGAUUAGUUCAAACUAAGAUUUCUCUCUUUCAAACCAAAUAUGAGAGGGAGAUUUCAACAGCAAGCCUUUGCCUACAUUUAGCAGAAUGCAACCCAUCCAUGGAUAUAUCAACCCUGAACUAAAAAUAACCUUCGGACAUUUCUUCUUAUCGCAUUCGUGUCAAAAAUAGCAUAUAUGCCACAGUCAGUGCAGUUAUAAAUGUCAAUUACAGAAAUAAAAAACAAUGGCAGGAGUCAGACUCACAUUUGUUCUUCUAAUUGCCUUCCUAGCCAUUUCCAUUGCUUCAGCUGGAUACCAAAAGAAAGGAGGUUCAGUCUCUGCUGAUGAAGGUCCUAUUAACAAUCACACCCAUGUAUGCCAUCCUGCAAGAUUUGCUGAGCUAGGUCUAAAUAUGGCAGACUUCCUCUACUGCGAUAAGUCUCUGCCAUUCGAGGUCAGGGCUAAGGACUUAGUGGACCGAAUGACAUUGUCCGAGAAGGUACAGCAGAUGGGAAAUAAAGCCACUGGCGCUCCGAGGAUAGGACUGCUAAAGUACGAAUGGUGGUCGGAAGCACUUCAUGGUAUCUCCAAUGUUGGCCCUGGUACCUUCUUUGAUGAUACAGUUCUUGGUGCUACAAGCUUCCCCACCAUCAUCCUCUCAGCUGCUUCUUUCAAUCAGUCUCUCUGGAAAUCCAUUGGCCAGGCUGUUUCAACAGAAGGAAGAGCAAUGUACAACAUGGGGAGGGCAGGACUGACAUUUUGGAGUCCAACUAUCAACGUAGCGAGAGACCCAAGAUGGGGAAGAAUUACUGAGACACCAGGAGAAGAUCCUUAUGUAGUUGGAGCAUAUGCUACCAGCUAUGUAAGAGGAUUGCAAGAUGUAGAAGGAAUUGAGAGCACAAGAGAUUUGAAUUCCAGACCUCUUAAAGUUUCUUCCUGUUGCAAGCAUUAUGCCGCCUAUGAUGUUGAUAACUGGCAGGGAGCUGAUCGCUACCAUUUUGAUGCAAAGGUGACUGAGCAAGAUAUGUUGGAGACAUUUCUUAGACCAUUUGAGAUGUGUGUUAAGGACGGUGAUGUAAGUAGUGUUAUGUGCUCUUACAAUCGUGUCAAUGGUAUUCCUACUUGCGCUGACACAAAUCUCCUCAAGAACACUAUAAGAGGAGAUUGGAAUCUUCAUGGGUACAUAGUUGCAGACUGUGAUUCAAUUGAGGUUAUGGUUGACGACCACAAAUUUCUAAAUGACACAAAAGAAGAUGCUGUUGCAAGAGUUCUAAAAGCAGGGUUGGAUCUUGACUGUGGAGAUUACUACACUAAGGCUCUUGGCAACUCCGUAAACCAAGGGAAAGUGAAGGAGGCUGACAUUGAUAAGUCACUCAAGUACCUUUAUGUGGUGCUUAUGAGGCUUGGAUUCUUUGAUGGGAGUGCAUACUUUGAAACACUUGGAAAGAAGGAUGUUUGCUCUGACGAGCACUUAGAGUUAGCAGCUGAAGCAGCUAGAGAAGGAAUAGUUCUUCUAAAAAAUGAAAAUAAUGCCCUCCCUUUGAAGGCAUCUGAGAUCAAGAAACUAGCCAUAGUUGGGCCUCAUGCAAAUGCGACUUCUGCAAUGAUUGGAAAUUAUGCAGGUAUUCCUUGUCGGUAUGUUUCUCCAAUCAAUGGCUUCACUAAAUUUGGAGAGGUGAUAUAUGAAAGGGGAUGUGACGGGGUUGCAUGCAAGAAUCAAAGCUUGAUUUUACCAGCCAUUGAAGCUGCAAAGAAUGCUGAUGCUACCAUUCUUUUUGUGGGUUUGGACUUGUCAGUUGAGGCUGAAAGCUUGGAUAGAAAUGAUCUUCUACUUCCAGGUUACCAAACUCAACUGAUCAACAAAGUUGCAGAAAGCUCACAAGGUCCUCUAGUUCUUGUCAUUAUGUCAGCGGGAGGCAUUGACAUCACCUUUGCCAAGAACAAUCCUAAAAUUCAAGCCAUUUUAUGGGCCGGAUAUCCCGGUGAAGAAGGUGGUCGAGCCAUCACAGAUGUUGUUUUUGGAAACUAUAAUCCUGGAGGAAGAUUACCUAUUACAUGGUAUGAAGCCAAUUACGUCUCCAAGCUACCAUUGACAUCAAUGCCAUUAAGACCUGUGGAUAGUUUAGGUUAUCCUGGAAGAACCUACAAGUUCUUCAAUGGCUCAACUGUCUACCCGUUCGGCUAUGGCCUUAGCUACACUAACUUCACCUACAAGCUAACAUUCCCAGCAAGGCCACUCCAAGUCAAACUAAACAAGUUCCAGCAUUGCCACAACCUGAACUACAAAGACAAUACUAACACUCAAACAUGCCCAUCAGUUGUAAUUGAUGACUUGAAAUGUGGGUAUCAAUUCGGGUUCGAAAUUUUGGUCCAAAAUGUUGGAAACAAGGAUGGAAGUGAAGUUGUCUUGGUUUACUCCAAGCCUCCAGAGGGAAUUGUUGGGACUCAUUCCAGGCAAUUGAUUGGAUUUCAAAGAGUAUUUGUGAAAUCAGGAGGAAUCCAAACAGUGAAGUUUGCAUUUGAUGCUUGUAAGAGCUUAAACAUCAUUGAUGGUUCAGGCUACAACUUAUUGCCUUCUGGUGGACACAAGAUAAUAAUAGGAGAUGAUGAAAUCUCAUUUCCUAUUGAAGUUGGCUAUUCUAGGUAGUGGGUUAUAAUACCCUAUUUUCUCUCCUUUCUUGUUUCUUUCAUACAUUCUUUGAAGGAAUUUGGUAUAAGGAUUGACAUGGCAAGAGUCCAAUGAGAUGUUCUCUCUAUUGAUUCUUCUUAAUAUCUCUACCUAUUCAUGGCUUGUAUUUUAGUUUUAGU